CCUCAGCGCCCUUCGCUUCCAUUCGCGCGUCAUCGUCGCUCGCGUCGUCCCCGGCCGGCGUCCGGAAACCGAUGGAGGCGGCGCUGGGGGCGCUGUGCCGCGCCGGAGGGUGGUCGUACGCCGCCGUCUGGCGCUUCCAUCCCCACGACCCUAGGUUGCUUACAUUGGGGGAGAGCUACUGUGAAGAUGAGGCUAAAACACUGGUUGAGAAGAUGCUCAAUCAAGUUCAUAUUGUUGGGGAAGGCAUCAUAGGAGAAGCUCUAGGAAGCGGAGAGUGUCGAUGGAUUUACGAUACUACUUGCCAUGCGUUGAAUCAGACAAGCCACGCAGAUAACCAAGACUUAUUGGAGAUACUUGAUUUUAACAAAUGGAAAGCUUCCCUUCUUCAGGAUUAUACGUGGUGGCAACAUCAAUUCCUGAAUGGAAUAAAGACUAUUGCAGUACUACCUCUCCGGUUGCAGGGACUGGUGCAAUUUGGUUCCGUUCAGAAGGUUCCCAGGAACUCAGAUUUUCUGAAUCAGGUCAGAAAUAUAUUUGAUCAGAUGAAGAACACUUCAAGGGAUGGUUCAAUGGAGUAUACCCGAAGCAAUUCUCUUGCAUGUGUUCAGCAACCUAUCCUCACUUCCUCGAGAUCUGCAAAUGACAUUCUCGUACAUAACAAGGUCAACCCAUUGAAAAGUGAGAAGCUUGAGGAGAACAUAGAGAGAACAGAAUCUAUAAGGAGUUCGAUCUGUUCUCCAAGCAAUUCACAGAGAUCUUUAAAUGAUUUUACCCCGCAUGGUACUGGUAACAGCAGUAUGGAUACUCAUAUAUUGGCCAUGCCUGUUAACUCCAAGUCUAUAUAUGAGCUCGAAGGAUUUGAUAAGGUCACCAACUUCUUUCAUCAAAAUGCUAAUGUCAGAACUCAAGUUCAAGUCAACUCUAGCAAAAUGCCUGAUUCUAUUAUCGCCAGUAUAAUGUCAGCGUACCAAAGUUCGAACAAUCUUCAUAGCAUAACAAAGGAAUCAUCUGGUCAGAACAUGCCAGAAUAUCCCCAAUACCUUUACACUACAACCAACUCUCCAAAUUCCGGCCUUGAUGAACUUUGUUAUUCCAGUGCUGGUUUCUCAUCAUCGCUUACGAUCGUAUCCGAAAAAUCCACAAACUACCUCCAGAAUGAGAGUGACAAGUUGCUGUAUAAAUCCGUAUCAUCGAGCAGCAACCCUUGUGUUUCUGAAAUCCAAGGAAAUUGCCUCACGCCACAUCAUGUCCCCGUGCAUAAACAAUCUCUGAUACCUGGUCCUGGAGAAUGUGGGAGGCUCCUCUCACCUGAAGAAUCUUUUAUUGUUCAAAGUGACUCAAUGCAAGUGAAGGAUACCACCAAUUCUACAUGCCAGACUAAUAGUACCUGUCCUGAAUUACCAAAUAGACCGCAUGAGGAAGCUACUGCAGGAACAUCAGACAUUAACAUGAAGGAAUGUAGUGGAAACAACAGUCUGCUAGAAAGUAUGAUGCUUGACCCAAGCACUAACAGCUUUGUGCAAGAUUGGUGGGAUGAUAGUGUUCUACUGGCAGGAAACCUUCCAAAUUUAGGCAACAUACGCUCAGAUUCUGCUAUAGAAUUGGCCAGUAAGCAUCCAUUUUCAAGUGGGGAGAGAGGCCUACCUUCCAUAUGUGCUGUCGAACAAUUUUUCGGUGUUGGUGCGCCUCAACCUGCAGGACAUGGUCCACUUGGGGCUGAAGCUAAUCCUUUAUCUGGCUAUGUUUCAGAUUAUCAGCUACCUCAGUUUCCUUUUCGAGACUGCAUAACAGCAUACAAUGCACAAGUCCCGUCAUUGGCCUCCAGCAGCCAUACAUCUGGAAAUGUCCAAAAUGGCUCUUCAAAGGAAACUUCAGUGCCACCAGGAAACAUAUCUGUGGAUGACACCUGCAGUUUCAACACAGCAAAUUCUAAGGGCAGUCAGUCGAACAAUCCUGAGGGAGUGAAGGUUGCCAAGAAAAGAGCUAAAGCUGGUGAGAGCACCCGGCCUAGACCAAAAGACCGACAACUGAUACAAGAUCGUGUCAAAGAAUUACGAGAGAUUGUUCCUAAUGGUGCAAAGUGUAGCAUUGAUGCUCUAUUGGAGCGAACAAUUAAGCAUAUGCUAUUCCUACAAAGUGUAACCAGGUAUGCAGAGAAAAUUAAGCAAGCUGAUGAACCAAAGUUGAUCGACAAAGAGAGUGGCGUCGUCUUGAAAGACAACCCAGAUGGUGGCAAAAAUGGUGGUGCCACAUGGGCCUACGAGGUUGCUGGGAAAACUAUGGUUUGCCCUAUAAUCAUUGAGGAUCUUUCGCCACCUGGUCAGAUGCUUAUUGAGAUGCUCUGCGAGGAACGCGGGCUCUUUUUGGAGAUAGCUGACAACAUACGUGGAUUUGGUCUGACGAUCUUGAAAGGGCUAAUGGAACUCCGCGAUGGCAAGAUAUGGGCCCGGUUUCUUGUUGAGGCAAACAGAGAAGUCACAAGGAUGGAUAUAUUUUUGUCACUUGUUCAGUUACUGGAGCAAAACAGCCUCGUUCAAUCAACCGAGCAGAUGGCAAAGGUCAUGAACAAUGGGGUUCCAUCCUUCACAGACCAUCAGCUGUCUCCGCUACCGAUUCCGGUAGGCAUUGCUGAGAGACUGCAGUGACUCGGAUUAGAUAGGAUUAGUCGACUCAAUUGAUAGCAAAAUUGGUAGUCAGAACUCCAUGCAUUUGACACUGCCUAGCGUUGAGACCUGACAGCAUCACUACUGCUAGAAAUGCCAGUAUCAAGAAUAUUACUGAUGCAAACGCGAGCUUCUAGUGCAGAAAUUAUGAACUCCCCAGACCAUGACUGGGGGGUGGUCAAUGAUGUCUAUCUCAUUGUCUCUAGCCUAGUUAGAAAUCCUAUGUUGCCGCCUUGCACCUGGGUAGCUGGGUUCUUGAUACUGGUGUUUCUGUAUGCAGUGAUGGCAGCGUUUCUGGUAGCCUCAAGGAGUAACACUGGGCUAUGCCCCGCAUUUUCAUUUUGUGAUUAUAUAUUGUAUAGUGAGCCAACUAACUAUGCAAUAUAUCAAAGCUUAAUAUA